CCUGGGCGCGCCGUCCUCGGGGACGCGGGCUCCGGCGGCGCCCUGGGCGCGCUUCUCGGCCUGGCUGGAGUGCGUGUGCGUGGUCACUUUCGACCUGGAGCUGGGCCAGGCGCUGGAGCUGGUGUACCCCAGCGACUUCCGGCUCACGGACAAGGAGAAAAGCAGCAUCUGCUACCUGUCCUUUCCUGACUCCCACUCAGGCUGCCUCGGGGACACGCAGUUCAGCUUCCGAAUUCGUCAGUGUGGAGGGCAGAGGAGCCCCUGGCACGAUGAUAGGCGCUAUGACAGUGGGGCCCCCGUGUCACUGCAGAGGGAGCCAGCCCACUACUUUGGCUACGUGUACUUCAGGCAGGUGAAGGACAGCUCUGUGAAGAGGGGCUACUUCCAGAAGUCUCUGGUGCUGCUGUCCCGCCUGCCCUUCGUCCGGCUGUUCCAGGCGCUGCUGAGCCUGAUUGCCCCUGAGUACUUUGACAAGCUGGCGCCCUGCCUGGAAGCAGUGUGCAGUGAGAUUGACCAGUGGCCGGCACCCAUGCCUGGGCAGACCCUGAACUUGCCUGUCAUGGGAGUCGUCCUCCAGGUGCAUGUCCCAGCCAAGGUGGACAAGCCUGACUCCAGUCCUCCGAAGCAGUGUGGCCAUGAGAACCGGCUGCCAGCCCUGGUGGUCCUCACCAGUGUCCACGAGCUAGACUUGUUCAGGUGCUUCCAGCCCGUGCUGACCCACGUGCAGAUGCUGUGGGAGCUCAUGCUCCUCGGGGAGCCCCUGGUGGUCCUGGCGCCCUCACCCGCCACGUCCUCGGAGAUGGUGCUGGCCUUAACCAGCUGCCUGUAUCCCCUCAAGUUCUGCUGUGACUACCGCCCCUACUUCACCAUCCAUGACAGCGAGUUCAAGGAGUUCGCGACACGCACGCAGGCCCCACCAAACGUGGUCCUGGGAGUCACAAACCCUUUCUUUAUCAAAACGCUCCAGCACUGGCCCCACAUCCUCCGUGUUGGGGAGCCCAGGAUGUCAGGGGACCUUCCUAAGCAGGUCAAGCUGAAAAAGCCCUCGAGGCUGAAGACCCUCGACACCAAGCCAGGCCUCUACACCGCCUACACAGCCCACCUCCACCGAGACAAGGCGCUGCUCAAACGGCUGCUCAAGGGCCUGCAGAAGAAGCGGCCGUCAGACAUGCAGACCACACUGCUGAGGCGGCACCUCCUGGAGCUCACGCAGAGCUUCAUCAUCCCCCUGGAGCACUACAUGGCCAGCCUCAUGCCCCUGCAGAAGAGCAUCAUGCCCUGGAAGACCCCUCCCCAGAUCCGUCCCUUCCGCCAGGAUGACUUCCUGCGAAGCCUGGAGCACGCAGGGCCCCAGCUCACCUGCAUCCUCAAGGGUGACUGGCUGGGCCUCUACAGGCGGUUUUUCAAGUCCCCACAUUUUGAUGGCUGGUACCGGCAGCGGCACAAAGAGAUGGUCCAGAAGCUGGAGGCCCUGCACCUCGAGGCCAUCUGUGAGGCGAACAUUGAGGCCUGGAUGAAGGACAAGUCCGAGGUGGAGGUCGUGGACCUGGUCCUCAAACUUCGGGAGAAGCUGGUGCGGGCACAGGGCCACCAGCUCCCCGUGAAGGAGGCGACACUGCAGCGGGCACAGCUGUACAUCAAGACUGUCAUUGGCUCCCUGCCCGAGGACCUGCAGGCCGUCCUGUGUCCUCCCUAGGACCAGGUCAAGGGAUGUGGUCCAGGAGCCUGGCUGCCUCUAGGGUCCUGGGCUGGCCGAGCUUUCUCUUCCCCAGGGAAGGGCAGCCUCACCAGGCUCCCCGCU